UCUACAUUUCUCAGACCGAGGAAUAUAAAGUUCUAUGUCUUUAUUCUAAAGCUAGACCAUUGAAAUGGGACGUAUGGACACUUGGUAUUGAUCGAGAAUGGAGACGUUUUUUUGCUCCAACCUAUGAUCCUGAGUACAUGCUUAGUAGUGUUAGUGUUGCUGAGGUGGUUUAUGUUACCGUGAAGCCGACUACCAUCAUAGCAAUCAAUCUACUUACUGAAAAAUUUGGUUUCAUUGAGCUUUCCAGAGAAAUUCUUACCUUACCCUAUUUAUGUGUAGACGUGAAAAAUACGUUAUCUUUUCUUGUAAAACAAGGGGCCAAUGCAUGUAUAUGUGUGUUGAGGGACUUGGAGAAGCAAGAACUGGUUAAAGUUUGUGAGAUAAAAGGUACAUUUCGAGGGAUGGAUGUUUCAAGUGAUCGUUUCGCUUCCAUUGGCUGGUUGGAGAAUAACUGGUUCUACGUCUUUCAAAGAAGGCUGUCUGGUCACUUGCGGAGUAAUCGUCUUGAGGUCUAUGACGAGAACACAGGAAAAGCACGUGUGCUUAGCAUUGUCAAUGGAAAUCAUUAUCAGAAUUACCAAAUUCACUCCAGCUCCCUUGUUACAUGGUAGCCUUGAGUGAGAAUCAAAUAAGAAUAUCGUAGGCUAUAUGGCCUAUGGCAUUGGAAAAGUUUGAAAUAAUUGCAUGCAAUAGAAAUAUUUAGAGACCUAGAUGCUGGCCUUGGCAUUUGCCUCUGAAAGCAACAUGUAUUUACGAGGUCAAUUUAUAUUUUCUUUUGCUGCAUUCUUCUUCUACUUCUACUGCUAUAUCGAGAAGUAUUGGAGAUUUUAAAACUUUUCGCGUGUUUUUAGACUAUUCUGUGUGGGAACAUUACAGAGCGGAAAUGGAACUUGGUUGCGCGUUUGAUCACAGUUUUAUUCUGUAAACAAUGCACACUUGUUCUCUGGAAGUUUAAUGCAUUUCCUAUUUUUCCUCU